UUCCCCCUAAAAAUAAGUGUUCAAUGAUUCUCAAGAUCUCUAUCAUUUUUUUAGCUUCAAAGUUUUAGGUGUUGAAAAUCGAUUUUAGAACUGGGUCUAUGAAUAUAUGUCAAGUGGCAGUGUCGAGGACUGGGUCUUCGGCGCAAAGAAGAAGGACGGGAACCAGCUGAGCUGGGCACAGAGGAGGGAGAUCAUAGUGGGUGUUGGCAAGGGGCUAGUGUACCUCCACAAUGCGGUGCAGCCAGCAAUCUUCCACCGAGAUGUGAAGGCCACUAACAUCCUGCUCGAAGCCGACAUGAACGCGAGGGUUGGGCACUUCGGGCUCGCAAAGCAGAACAGAGAGGGGCAGUCUCAUCUGACUACCCACGUGGCCGGAACGCAAGGGUAUUUGGCGCCUGAAUACGCUCUCUAUGGGCAAUUGACAGAGAAGAGCGACGUUUACAGCUUCGGGGUGGUGGUGCUCAAGAUCAUGAGUGGGAGGAGAGCCUUAGACAGAAGCGGAGACAUGGCGUUCGUGGUGAGCGACUGGGAGUGGGGCCUGAUGAAGGCGGGGAAAGUAGGGGAGGUGAUAGAGGAGGGGAUAAGGAAGGAGGGUCCAAUGAGUGUGAUGGAGAGGUUUGUAAUGGUAGGGAUACUGUGUUCUCAUGUGACGGUGGGGUUCAGGUCCACCAUGACUGAGGCUCUGAGGUUGCUGGAAGGGGAUGUAGAGCUGCCCGAGAUACCAGACGGGCAGAUGCCCCUCGGCAUCCAUGACUCCUCCUUCAAUUUCGAGAACACCUUUGCGUGUCUUCGAGCGUGAUCGGGCCUUUGUUGAGGUCCAAAGACAUGCCCAAAUAGGUAAAUGCUAUCUCUCUCUCUGAAAGUCAGAAGCGCAAAAAUUCCAGUGUAAGAAAUAAGAAUUACAGUGUCUAAGAAAGAAAGAAAUAAAGCUUAGUGUUAAUGGCGUAGAGGGCACAGAGUUGUGGUAUUGAAAAAGAUUUAGCCAUGGGAGGAUUGAAGUGAAUUGUGUAGUCCAUUUUGAGAUGUGUAUUGUGGGAAAGCCAUCUUCCACCGGGUUCCUGAAAAUUAGCAGGAGAGUUGCAGAAGUCAAACGAAUAUGGUUUUUAAAAAAGCAUGGACAAAUUUUUCUACCUUUGGGGAGACAACAUUUUUCUUGUAAAAAUUUACGUACGGACCUUAGUGAAAAUUGUCGUUAUUUUGAGGUGAAUUUUAUCGGUAUUUUAUCGGUUGGGUCCUGUAUUGUCAGGUAUAUAUAGAAAGUUCUUUGAAAAGCUAUUAUAGCGCGGUUAUAUUACAUUAGAGCGAUUUACGUACCGACCUUAAUUUUAUCGAUGUAUUAUCGAUUGAGCCCUUUAUAGUCAGGUAUUUAUAGAAAGUUUAUUGAAAAGUUAUUAUAGCAUGGUUAUAUUACAUUCUUUGUCAUUUGUCAUGGAAUAAAUAUGAGGAAAAAUUUUAGAGCGAUCUACAUGCGGACCUUAAAAUUUUAGGUAAAAUAGAAAAUGAUUCACUUAUAUGCGAAAAUUACAAAGAAAGUCGGUCAACCCAUUUUGUUCGGUUUUUUUCUAAAAUUACCCAUAGUCAACCCAAAUUUUUAUUUUUAUUUUUUAUUUUUUUUUAAUUUUUUCGUUAGUAAGGCAAUACCCCAAACUUUAAGAAACUUCCCUAAUGAUGAAAAAAUAAAAAAUAAAAUUUGGGUUGAACGAAGGA